AUGUUUACCAGCUUUUCGGAUGAGCCGAGUUUACGGGCGGAGAGUAUACCUCUCCAAGGCCGACUAGCAGCGGAAUUGCGUGACUGUCCACGCGAUGUUUCGUCAUGUGAGUGUGCGUCUUGGGAUGUGUGGGUGAGGAGGGAGUCGAUGAAAAGGGCGAUUCUGAACAUCAUUUGUUUUCUUGGGAUAAUGAACGUGUCUCACUUGUCAUCGACCAUGUUUCUGCCACCCAGUUUUGAUAUUGAGCUUCCGUACUCAGAGGACCUCUGGACCUGCAACAGCGGGGAGGAGUGGGGACGGCUCUUCAGUACAACACCACGACCGCAGUCUUUUACGGUUGCCUUCCACAACCUAACCUCACUGUCCGGGUCCAUCCAGCAAAAUGACUCCGGCCUGACCCACCUUGUUUUGAUGAUUGCCCUACAUAGCCAUGCUAAAUCUUGCAGAACUCUUGCAGCCUCGCUCCCGGAAUCUCUCAGCCAGGAGAUGAUCGAGACAAGCGUAUCCUCUCUAAACCACUGGCUGCUGUGUUUUGCGGAGUCUGGAAUCUUGCGUCCUCGGCAGCACGCGUGUGCGGACUGUUCCCUCGCUGCGUCGGCGUUGAUCUUGUGGAAAAAUACUAUGAUUCAACUAUGCGCUGAUCCAGCAUCAGUUAUGGAUGUUCAGAAUGCUGUCUUAGCGCUGUCUAUGGGCCAUGAAGCAGUUCCGCAACUGAACCCUGCUUACAAGCCAUACAGCGUCGCGCCAGCAAUGAGCCACGCCGUUUCGUUUAUUCAGGGACCCAUUGUCCGUGGCGUUCAAUUUCUACAGGCAACCUCUUGUGCCAGCAUCAAUAUAUAUAACGGCUUGCUGGGAUUUCACGGUAUUGUUCUACUCGUGAGAUGGUUAUCCAGUCUGGAAGCCCCCGAUGAGCAAAUAAACGACCAGGCCUUGCACCCUGACGAGUGGGCGUUGCUCCAAGAUAUUCGGGUACUGGUCACUGAGUCAGAUCUACCCUCGCUAGAAAGUCUCCCACUGAGCGCCGCCUGUGCCCGGAUUUGGGCGGAAACCCUGCAUUCUGACCGUCAAAUCUGGGGAGUAAGGAAGAUUUUGCACGCGUAUCUUCAGAAGUUAAUAUAG